AUGAUGAAUAGCAGCUUCCAGGUGCUCGAUGAAGCGACGUCCUCGCUGGCGCUGGAGCAGGCUCUGGCCUUUGCAGACGCAUGUGAAGUGGGGAGCGAAGACGAGAUGGCUGAGGCAGGAGAUCAGGAGCUGGAAGCGCUUCUGGCGGACGUGCAGACCAGCGAUUUGUUCGCUCCGGACACGUCGCUUGAUCUGAUGAUGCAGAUGCCUGACGCGCUCAAGCCGCUGCAGCCCGCGCCCCAGCCGUUAGGCGAGUUCACGGGCCUCAUGCUGGGCACCGACGCUUCCGCUACUGAAUCUGACACGUCGCUGGAGAGCGCACUAGCCGUACUAACGACAAAUUGCGAUGCGUCCACUAGCGACGGCAGCAGCAGCGACGACCCUCAGAGCGGAAACAAGGGGACACCUUCCGCCGGACAGAGAGCUAAGACGCUUAAGAAGAUGAAGCGAGCGCGUGCGCCGUCGCCUACAAGAACCGCCAAGGACUUUGCAGCUGCCAACGCGGCCAUAGCGGCAGCUGCUGCUGGAGCUAACGGUCUGCCCGCUGACGUCAAUAAACCCACCAAGAAACGCAUCCGCAGACAGAGAGAAGAGCUGCUGUAUCUCCGUGUGAAGGUGAAGGAGAUGGAGAGCAGUCUGGCGGAGCUUAAGAGCAAGGAGACGCGGAACAGGUCGCCAAGUGGGAGCUCCACGCAGCUGGCUGUCAAUGGGAAGCCCGGCGCUGAGGGUUCGUCGCUGCUGGCUUCAGUAUGGGAGAGUCUGGCCAACCGUCAGUACAAGGACAGAGAACGCGCCGAGCAGGAGAACCGCAAGCUUAAAUCCACGUUGGAGGGACAGAUCAAACUGGCCAAAUGUCUUGAAAAGAUCCUGGAAGACCAGCCUGAGGACGAGUCGAUGCCUGGACGUCCUCAUCGCGCACCGUCCAAACUGCUCGCACUUGGUGUUAGCAGCGACCAGAAGGCUGUGCAUGCUCAAUUAUUGUCCGAAUUGGAUGCUGCAUUCGAUGAAGUGGACGCCCGAUACGACAUAAAAAAAUUCGCUGAGAUCGAGAAAGAAAAACUUGACGUUAGAGUCGCGUCGAGCUUGGAUAACGGCAUCGCAUUGCAAUUCGUGGGCUUCAAGCGGGUGCCGUUCCCGCAAGACGUGGCUAGCAGAGGCAUGUGGCGCUUCACAUCGUGCGAGGCAACCAAACACCAAGCGUAUUUCUACGAAGAGCACGAAACUUCGUCCAAGAACACAGUCGCCCGAACCUUCGGUCACAAGAUCCAAAGCGAGCGUGGGAGUCUCGACUACCGCAGCGAGGGCGUGUUGGAGCGUCGCAAGCGUGGUGAUCGCGUGGUAAUAGUGACAAGAGGCCUGGCCAAGCCUAUCAAGUUCUCAGCAGCGCCGGUGAAUGGCAUCCGCUUCCACGAGAACGGAUGGCUCGUGAUCGAGAAGGCGUCUUCCAAGGACGGGACGGCAAAGGGCAAGUGGUCGACCAUUGCAUCAUCAAUGGAACUCAAGCCAAUCUUCGACGACGACGCCUCGGACCAGGAUUUCACUGUUGGAGCACUCACGGACUUUGUUAUCGACUCGUUCCACCGCAAUAUGCACCUCGGUGAAGAGGUCGUCGCAGCCAUCAUGAUGGACGAGGCACGGAAGGCCGCCACACAGCCAGCAGGGUCCUGGCCGUGA